AUGAAUACAUCUAAUCACAAAAUUACUACUUAUGCUGCAUAUGUCAUUACAGAUCCAACAGAAACAGGAAUUAUUAAUUUCACAACAGCAUCAAAUACAUCAUCUACAGAAGUUGGUUCACUAUUCAAUUCUAGAUUUAAUAUUACAAAAUGUAAUUAUUUAAACAAUGAAUUAACAGGAAGUAAUAAUGCAAUAAUUUCUUGUUCUAGUAGUUCAACUACAUUUUUAAAUUGUUCAUUCAUAGGAAAUAAAGGAAACUAUUUAUUUGAUGUAAAACCAAAUAUUGUUGAUAAUUGUUACUUUAAUGAAAACAAUGUAACUCAAACUGUAAGAUAUAAUUCAGUUAGUUUUAAAUCAAUUCAACCAUUCGAUUUCAAUAUAUCUCAUUAUUCAACAUAUUAUUGCCCUGCUACAUAUUUUUAUUAUAAUCCUCCAAAUUUAGACAAAAAUAAAAAGGAUUCACGUAAAAAAUUUAAAGAAGAUGAAUUAGAUUUGAAAGACAUCAAUUUUAUUAUUAACAAAGUAUAUAAAACUUCAUUUGUUGAAGCAGUAAAUUUCUCUACUUUAACAUAA